GAGCGGCUGCUGCUGUGAUUUCUCCUUAAUCAAUCCUAAUUGAUUAAAGGCUGCAGAUGGCGCAGUGGCAGGAGCUGCUGAAGUUGGACUCUGCGCUGCAGAAGCGGGUGAUGCGUCUGUAUGAAGGAAAGUUCCCCACUGAGGUCCGACACUCGCUGAGCCACUGGAUAGAGAGCCAGGACUGGGAUUCUGCAGCCGUGGAUGAGGAAGCAGCCAGAGGUUGUUUCCAAGGUCUCCUGGAGCAUCUGAUGGAUCAGUGGAAGCGCUCCGUCCAGGAAAACAACAUCCUGCAGGGACCAAACUUCUCAGGGAUGAGGGACUGCCUGGAGAAGAACUUUCAGGAUCAGCCCAUGAACUUGGCCGCGCUUCUCUCUGAAAGUCUGAAAGAGGAGAAGAUGAUCCUGGCCUCAGCCGCUGCGGCUCCGACCUGCAGCUCUCCUGUCAUGACCCCCCCGUGGACAGCCCUGGACAACCAAGUGAUGGAGAUCAAGCUGCAGAUGUCGGAUCUAAAGAAGGAAGUAAAAAUACUGGAAGGUCUGAAUGAAGAACUUGACUUCAUCCAGAGGACGUGGCAAAGCAAAGUGGAGCAGAACGGCAGACUGGCCCAGACUCAGGCUCAGACUCAGGUGGAACAGGAAUGUCUGAAGAGGGCGCUGGUCAUUGCAGAAAAAAAGCAGGUUGUGCUGCAACAGUUGCUGAACAUGUUAAACCAGGCGUCUCACGUCCAGAUGAGUCUCACCGGCGUGGAGCUUCCUGAGUGGAAGCGCAGGCAGCAGCUGGCCAGCAUCGGAAGUCCAGAGAACACCAGUCUGGAGCUCCUCCAGAAAUGGUUUACAGCUGUUACCGAGGUUCUUCUUGGAGUGCGUGAACAGCUGCAGAAGAUGCUUGAGAUGAACCAUAAGUACAGUAGACCAGACUCCAUGGCAGAUUCCAUCACACAAAUGGAUCAGUUCACCCUGAGUUUGAUCAGGAACCUUCUAACCAGCGCACUGGUGGUAGAGAAGCAGCCCGUCAUGCAGAACUUACCUCAUCGACCUCUGAUCCUGAAGACCGGCGUUCGCUUCAAGGUGACAGUCAGGUUCUUGGCAAACCUUCUUGCUUUUAAGGAUUUGCUGAAGGUCAAGCCUGUUUUUGACAAGGAUGUUAAAGAAGAACAGACUGUCAGUUGGUUUCGCCUGUUUGACUUCACUGUUGACCACAGUAAAGUUCUGGAUGUGGACGGACCCGACGGAGCGCUGAGGGCUGCCUUCGAGCACAUGUCCCUGAAGGAGAAAAAAUCCCGGACUAAAGGCUCCUGUGAGAGUCCUCUGACGGUCACAGAGGAGCUCCACAUCAUUCGCUUUGUGGCUGUUCUGCAUUACGCUGGAGAAAAGUUCAACAUCGAGGCCAGCUCCCUGCCUGUGGUCAUCGUCUCCAGUUCCAACCAGGUCCCCAGUGCCUGGGCCGCAAUCAUGUGGUCCAACAUGGUGUCCACUGGUGAACCGAUGAACCUGUCGCUGUUUCUGGAUCCUCCUGCGCUCACCUGGCAGCAGGUGGCACAGCUUCUGAACUGGCAGUUCUUAUCUGUGGGCCGGCGGGGGCUGGAUCAGGACCAGCUCUCAGUUCUUCAAGACAAAAUCAUGGAUAAUCCUGAAGGUCUGCUGUGCUGGAGCAAGUUCUCCAAGGAUGAAAGUGUCUGGAUGUGGAUCGAUGGGAUCCUGGAUCUCAUCAAGAAAUAUCUGUCCGAGCUUUGGCAGAACGGCUAUAUUAUGGGUUUCGUGAGCAAACGGAGAACAAGUUCCUUGUUGCUGAAAAAACCAACCGGGACAUUUCUGAUCCGGUUCAGUGAAAGCAUCAGAGAUGGAGCCAUAACCUUCAGCUGGGUGGACCAUUCCUCUGGAGAGUCACAUGUCCAUGCUGUGCAGCCCUAUACCAAGAAGGAGCUGUCUGUGUUGUCUCUGCCCGAUGCAAUCAACCACUACACCCUGACCACCCAGGGAAGGAGUUCCAACCCCCUCCUCUAUCUCUACCCCGACAUCCCCAAAGACUCAGCCUUUGGAAACUACUACCAGGUCUCUGGACCUUCUACAACCAAUAAUAACAUUAAGGAAUACGUCCAGAGGAUUCUUGCUGUUGUUUCUAUCAACCCAACUCCUCCUCCAUCACCACCCAGAGAUGUGCCACCAAUGGACAUUGAAAGUUUGGAGCCAAGCGAUUGGUUGGAGGACAUUUUAUCUUGCCUAAUGGAGCCAGAAUUCCUUCAACUGGCCCCUCAGGAAGACUUCCAGCAUGUUGAUUUCCCCCUCAGUGACAGUAUGGAUCACUGAAUCCAUCAUCACAAUAAAUCACGGCAGAUCUCACAGAUUAGUGAAUGCAAAAAAUAUAAAUGGCUUUUGUUGUAA